AAACUUCUACCACUAUGUCAACACUUACAAAACCUAAAUCUUUAGAGAAACUAGAAGAUGAAAUCAAACAACUAGAACUCACCCUCCCUCACAAAUUGUGGCUUGGCACUUAUAACAUGUACUUAUACCAGGGGUUUUGGUGCCCAGUUCUUAAACCCACAAUCUAUUUCCAAUCACAUUUCCAAGCCAAUGACACAGACAUUAUCCUAGCUAGCCUACCCAAAACCGGCACAACAUGGUCAAAAUCUCUCAUUUUCUCCAUUGUUAAUAGGAAAGAGUUUUCUGUUGUUUCAAAACAUCCUCUUCAUGCUCAUAAUCCUCAUGAACUCGUCCUUCAUUUUGAGUACAAACUAUACACGGAUUAUAUGAAAGGAUGUGCACCUGAUUUUACUAAAUUACCCUCGCCUCGCCUCUUUGCCACCCAUGUACCAUAUCCAUCUCUACCAAACACAAUCAAGACCUCCAAAUGUAAGAUCAUUUAUGUUUGCCGAAACCCUUUGGACACCUUCAUAUCAUCCUGGCAUUUUUUUUUGGAAGUGGAGAGAAAUGAGAGUCUUACACCUAAUAUGAUAGAGGAUUAUUUUGGUAAGUUUUGUAAGGGCGAUUUUCCAUUUUGUCCAUAUGAGGAUCACAUUGUGGGGUAUUGGAAGGAGAGUAUGGCAACCCCAGAUAAGGUGUUGUUUAUGGAAUAUGAAGGGUUGAAGGAGGAUUCGAAUGCACAAGUGAGACGGUUGGUGGAGUUUUUGGGUUGCCCGUUUUCGGAGGAGGAAGAAAAAGAGAAUGUUAUAGAUGAGAUAAUCAAGCUUUGUAGCCUUGAUAGUUUGAAGCAAAUGGAGGUUAAUAAGAGUGGAAAAUUUUAUGAUUUUGUGGAGAACAAGGCUCUCUUUAGAAAAGGAGAGGUAGGUGAUUGGACUAAUUAUUUGACGCCUUCUAUGCUUAAGGAACAUUAUCAAGUAAUGCAAGAGAAAUUCAAGAGAUCUGGUUUUGCUUUCAGACAUUGUCAACAAGAAUUUCCAUAAGUGAAGGGCUGAGCAAUGGGGUUGGUUUUGGUUGGUCUAGCAAAAAGUAAAGCUAGCUUUGCUUAGUUUUACUAUUGGAGCAAUUGGUCCUUGGAGUUGGCUGGUCUGAAAUUCUAGACCAACUAUGCCUUGGAUGAUGUGCAUAGCAACAAAUGGGGUGAUGUCAUAUGUAUCAAUAUUGCUAUAUUGUUGCUGUUUUUUUUUUUACAAGAUUGUUUUUUUGUUUUAAAGUAAAUAAAAUCAGCUCAUAUUUUUUAAAAAGAAAAUUACAUUACAACUAUAAAAAAAAUUAUCUAUAAAUUGAGCCUAAAUUUGAUAUAUUUUACCAUAUUUUUUCACAACCUAUUUUUCUUUCUACUAACUUUCUCGUACCUAGAAUUAUUCAAAUUAAAUGUAUAUUAAUUAAUUAAUAUAUCACUAAUUAAAAGAUGAAUAAGAAUUAUCUAUUCUAUAUAAGAAUAAUAACAUUUUCGAUAGGAAAGAGAGUAAAAAAUGGAGUAUACCAAAAGUAAGAGAGAGAAUUAGAAAAGCCAAGUAGAACUAGUCUAGCCAUUCUGAGAAAAAAAAGAUGAGUUGGUGGGAAGUUAGUGGGAUGUGAUGUAUAAGAAGGAGGAAAGGAGAGGGAAUGGAAAAAAUAAAAAGACCAACAAAAACCCACCCACCUAUUAUACAUGCUCUUAGAGUGUUACAGUCUCACGUACCUUUAGAGUUGUGGACUUGUGGUGGUAUCUUUUGGCCAAUAUUACCCCAACAAAUCCAAGUAUUGUACUUAACAAUAACAAAUUUCUUGAAUAGUGUACUUAUCUCAAGAUUGGUGUACAACAUAGUAAAUGAAGAAAUAUGGAGGUAUAAUAUAGAAAGUCCAAUUGUGUAGAUGG